CAACCCCCUCUCCCCCCUCAGCUGCUAUAUCAGGGGACAGACUCCCAGCUCCAACUUAUCUUUUAUCUGGUGAUCGAUUGAAUCAUCAUUUUAUCAACAACCGCGCCUCUUUGGAAACAAGAAAGUAUCUUUGGACUUUUGGAGUGGACAGCUUCUGUGUGCAACAUUGAGUGGUGCAUAGUGAAGUGUCUUGGAACGCUGUGAUUUCUUCCCUGAGAGGUUUGGGAGACGGGCACCACCCUGCAAGGAAAGAGCAGAAGUCAUUUUUCAUCUGCAAAAACAGAAAUAUUCCAGGCGUGCAAAGAUGCCUCGGUCAUUCCUUGUCAAGAAGUAUUUCACCAACAAGAGGCCGAAUUACAGCGAGUUGGAAAGCCAGAAUGCAGUCAUCCCAGAGUGCUAUCCUCUUGCUGAGCUCCCGAUGAGGGGCAACAGCUCCGUGCUGACCUACUUCCCCACCGCCCUGCUCUUCAACAUGGACGCCCUCCCAGCACCCCUCUCCCCCGUGUCCCCUGUCUCCCUCACAGGACCUCUGGACCUCAGCAGCUCCCCCUCCAGUAGCAGUGGGGAGGAUGAGGAGGAGGCAGGGCGCACAUCAGACCCUCCCAGCCCUGUACCCCCCCACCACAUCUACCACUGCCUCCACUGCAGCAAGACCUAUAGCAGCCCCUCAGGCCUCUCCAGGCACCAGCUCACCCACUGCCCCAGGGGCAGCGAGAUCAGCUCCAUACCCAGCGAGGCCUUGCCUCGACCAGCCUUCCACUGCAAAAACUGCCCAAAGGAGUACACCAGCCUGGGGGCUCUGAAGAUGCACAUCCGUUCACAUACCCUGCCCUGCGUCUGCACCACCUGUGGAAAGGCCUUCUCCAGACCCUGGCUGCUCAGAGGACACAUCCGCACGCACACUGGUGAGCGCCCGUUCUCCUGCCAACACUGUAACCGUGCAUUUGCAGAUCGCUCCAACCUGCGGGCCCACAUGCAAACCCACUCUGAGGUGAAGAAGUACCAGUGUGGUUCCUGCUCUCGCACCUUCAGCCGCAUGUCCCUGCUACACAAACACACUGCCUCCGGCUGCUGCCCUGCCUCCUAGACACACACUGACCCAGCGGCUUAGAACGUCUGGCCCACGAUGCCACUGUUGAUCAAUUCCCCAUAAGGGAUGUUUACUGCGAUACAGACUGUAAGUUGCUCUGGGUGAAAGUAGAAACCGACUGUAGUGGGUUGAAAGACCCAGGACCACUCAGACAAUGUUUAGAGGGGGAUGGAUCCCCAAACAUCCAUCAAUUUGGAGGGGUAUUAGGCACCCCCAUUGAGCAACCUCGUGGCCUGAAGGACAGGGAUGGGAGGGUGUUGCCUAUAAGUGAACUCUUUUCAAUUCCGAAGUGCCUUCCAUUUGUAAAAAAACACAAAAAACACUUGACAUUUGAAAACAAGUAGUUUUUCAUAUUGUUGUUAUGCAUAGAGACUUGAUGUUGACUGUGAUGCCAAUCAAAUGAAUAUGUGUGUGGAGGGAGCAGCUGGACAUAGUUAAUUCCCAGCAUACCCCUCGGUGCCGGCUGGUCCGGGACUGUGACCAUAGUGCAGCUGCUGGCGUGUGUGUAGAAAGUGAAUGUUGUCUCUCAUUGUCCACAUACACAGCAUACAUGUAUUGGGACAGGUGUGUGUGUGGACAGCUGUCUGUAUGGUGUUCUGUGGAGGCAGGGUACUGCGAGAUGUCUUAGCUCUGACCUCAACAGUUGACCCUCAUCUCUUCUCCCUCCUCACCCUUCAUCCCCUCACCCCUUCUCCCUUAUAUCCUCUUCCCUUAUCUCCUCACCUCCUUCCCAUCACAACCUCUUCAUCCCUCUGCUUUUACCUCCUUCCUCUCCCUCACACCACACCUCCUAGUCCAUCUCUUCCAGACCCUUUCCACUUAUCCCUGACUAACCCCCCCCCCCCACCUACCCCCCAAGUUCUCAAUAUUUUUCCCCUCACCCCUCUAAUCCUCACUCUGCACCUGUUCCCCCGUUAUACCUCCCCACCACACGCCUCACCUAUAUAACAUUUGCCAGAACCAAGCCAUUGGGAUUUGUGUGCUUUGAUCACAAGUCAGUUGACCAUAUCAGAAUGACCAAAGACAGUCUAAGUCCUAUAUCCAAUAGGUAACCGAACCAAAGGCAGUCUAAGUCCUAUAUCCAAUAGGUAACCGAACCAAAGGCAGUCUAAGUCCUAUAUCCAAUAGGUAACCGAACCAAAGGCAGUCUAAGUCCUAUAUCCAAUAGGUAACCGAACCAAAGGCAGUCUAAGUCCUAUAUCCAAUAGGUAACCGAACCAAAGGCAGUCUAAGUCCUAUAUCCAAUAGGUAACCGAACCAAAGCCAUUUGAACCAUCUCCGCUUUAACAUUUUCAAAUCAAACUUUUAUAAAUGCUUCAAAUCAUUUUUGGCAAGAUUUAUUUAUGAAGAGUUUGUAUGUGCCAUCCUUGCCAAUUUGUCAGGAACAUGAUGCUCUACUACAAAUAACUUUGUGAUUUAUCAUGAGAUGUGUUGCUAUGAUUCCUAAACCAGCAGAGACGGUCCUUUCCACUGCUUGCCAUAUGUAAAUAAAGCUUUGUCUUAAAUCUG